AUGGGGGCCCUCAGAAUUGGGACGGGGCCAAUGGGCCAAAUAUUUAAACUUACAUCCUGGAGAUGUUCCAAUCUUAACAAGAGGAGGAGGGGGGACCAGAGGGAGGAGGGGGGACCAGAGGGAGGAGGGGGGACCAGAGGGAGGAGGGGGGACCAGAGGGAGGAGGGGGGACCAGAGGGAGGAGGGGGGACCAGAGGGAGGAGGGGGGACCAGAGGGAGGAGGGACCAGAGGGAGGAGGGACCAGAGGGAGGAGGGACCAGAAGGAGGAGGAGGAGGUGGCGAGAGACUGGACCACAAGGGGCGGGAGGGACGUGGAGGUAGAGGAGGGACCAGGAGGAGAAGGGGAGAGGAGGGAUCAGAAGGAGGAGAUGGGACCAAAAGGAGAAGGAGGUGGAGAGGGACUGGACCAGAAGGGGUGGGAGGGACGUGGAGGUCGAGGAGGGACCAGGAGGUUAGAGGGGUGGAGUGGCAGUGGUGAGAGGGGGCGGAGUCAUGAGUGUGGCAGUGGUUAG